AACCUAGCUACUUGCUUUCGCCAUGGACGUAGAAGGAGAAGACAAAAGCGAUAUCCAUGAGGACCUAAUUGUUGAAGAAGAUUCCAUGGACGACCUCAUCAGAGACCGAUUCAGACUCACCGCAAUCUCUAUCGCCGAAGCCGAGGCGAAGAAAAACGGAAUGGAGAUAGCAGCACCUGUUGUCGCAUGCGUAGCAGAUUUAGCCUUCAAAUAUGCAGAGAAUGUUGCCAAGGACCUUGAACUAUUUGCUCAUCAUGCUGGACGCAAAGUUGUGAAUAUGGACGAUGUUGUUCUCUCCACGCACAGAAAUGAUAGCCUAGCUGCGUCUUUGAGGUUAUUGUGCAAUGAGCUAAAGGCAAAGGAGCCACAAUCUGAGAGGAAACGCAAGAAAGGAUCAGCCAAGAGAGAUGACAAAGCCAGUAGUAGCAAUGCUGUUCGCAUCACCGAUCUGUAACUCACCCAAAAUCUUCGAUACAUAAGUUCCUAUAUAUGUAGAUACAAAGCUUGAUGAAGAAGCUCUUAAAUGUCCUGGAAUUGUUUUUUUCGA